GUCAAAGUGAUCCUCUGUCAAUUGUCAGCUGGUUGCACUUCAACGUUUCGAAUAUACGCAUAUUUCUCAAAGGAAACAAACGAAAAAAAGACACAAAUUUCUUCACGAAUCGCCGCAUCACUCAAAAAUACAUGAACAUUGAAUUCAAGAGAUCCAGUCAAGCACAGAAGCAUUAUCCUCGGUAGUUAGAACUAAUUCGAUACGGCAAUUGAACGUAGAAAGGAUCAUUAUGGGUCAAUCGGACUCAAAGCCCGGAAAAUGUCCGAAUGUUCGCAAGAACCCUUUAGUCAAGCAGACAUUGGAAAAACUCCAUUCGGAAAGAGAUGAAACUGGUGAUGUUACGUUCAUCGUUGAAUCAGAGUUGAUUCGUGCCCAUCGAUGUGUUUUGGCGACGCAUAGUCCAAAAUACAAGGCUCAAUUCUACGGUGCCCAUCCGGAUAAAAUUCAAAUUUCCGUGGACGUUGUAUCGGCAGUGGCUUUCAAAGAGUUUCUACAGUUUUUCUAUUUUGAUGAAAUCGCUUUGACCGUGGAAAAUAUCGAAGCCGUGUUGAAUUUGGCAAAGCAAUCGCUCGUCGAUACUUUUGUUACCGAAUGCAUCAAUUUCCUGAUUGAAGUGGUGACUGUGGACAACUUAUGCUGGGCCUAUCAUAUAGCAAUCUUCCACGAUAUCAAACAGCUGAAAGAUCAUUGCGAACAAGAAAUCAGUGCCAAUGCAAAGAAAGUGUUCGCCGGUAAGGAUUUCAUCAAAUGUGAUCGAGACCUGCUCAUUCGAAUUCUGAAGUUGAAUUCACUGUGCUGUAAAGAGACCGAAGUAUUCGAUGGCUGUAUCGCAUGGGCGAAGGCAAUGUGCAAACAGAAGAAUGUUGACACCGAAAAAGGCGUUAAUCUACGUGCUGCGUUGGGAAAAGCCAUCCCAGAGAUUCGCUGGAGCUCCAUGACCGUCGAAGAAUUUGCCGCUAUUCAUAACAAAUUCAAGGGAUUUUUCACUGCCGAUGAAUCCAGUGAAAUAUUUUGCAUAAUUAGCAAACUCAAAAAUUUCAAAUCGGAACGAUUCAAUCAAAUUCCACGUGAGCAAACGGAACCGACGCCGGUCAAACCAAACGAUGAACUGAUAUCGAAACCACAUCUGAGAUGCGAUCGAACUGCCGUAGGCAAAAUUGAAUUUGAUUUAAAAGGAAAUGAUUCUGUUCUGUUUUUCUGUAACCAAGGUAUUUGCCUACAAGGGUUUGUACUUGGUUCUAAAGAUAUUAAUGAACUUAAAGUUGAUGUGAUGCUUGAAAAAGUACAUUUGCAAAACUAUCCCAAAACUCUAGUACACAAGGGAUCAUGGAACGAAACGAUGGUCCUUUUUGGAAAACCAAUCGAUAUCAAACCACUUGAUCGGUGCUACAUUGAUGUAAAUUCGAGCUCAUUUUUCGCUUGCAAAGAUGUUUAUGGACUGAAAUCUGAUGUUAGAAUUGAUGAUAUUUCAUUUAAAUUCCCAUUAUCAGGCAUAGUACAACCGAUGGGUUUGAUAACUUGUUUGUUAUUUAGUCGAUUGGAUUAGACUUAGAUGCAGGAUUAUUAUUAUAGAGAAACUUUUCGUGACAGACUGUCUAAUGGGCAUAGAAUCGGUUGUAACAAAAUACGACGUCAUAGAUUGACUUGAAAACUUGAUUGGAAUGAACACAUUUUUAAUAUGAACAAUCAGAAAAAUAAAAUUAAUAUUUUCGAAUUACAUUUCACACUAAGCAAUAGAAUGGUAGAAAAGAUAGCUAUAUUUUUAAGUUCCCCUAUUCCAAUGGAUCUGAAAUAAAUCUUUUAUACAGACGUACAGAGUGACGUGUAAAAUAUGUGUAAAAAAAAAGUAAUGUGAAAUGUUGAUCGAAAAUGACGGUGCUCAAAAAGACCUAAAUUAAAUAAGAAGAGUCUCAUCUUUUGAUUGGUGACAUUUUUAGAACGAAAAUAUAUUUUUUCUUUAUUUUUCUACUAUCUAUCAAAACGUUUGAAUUUAAGCAAGUUUAUAUACUUCAAAAUAAUGUCACUGCCAAAAAUUCACCAAGAAUUCACAUUUACCGUUAAUUUUAUUGUCCGUUAAAAUGUCUAAAUUCGUUAUCUAAUAAAAUGCAAAAUUAAAUCCAUAAAUGGAUCAAGGUGCAAAUUGAAUAUGAAAAAGAUACAAACGAUCUUACUGAUGAAAUAAACUUUCGAAAAAGUGAAUAAUGAAAAAAAAUCUGUGGAAUAAACGAGGUCGAAUAAUAAAUGGUAAACAUUACCGAUUUUUGAA